CGUCGGCCUUUGCGAAUGUACAGGUAACCCAUCGACUCUUCAUGUGAAAAUACCAGAACAAAUAGAAAAGCAAACCACACUAGCAUGUAGCAGCUGAAUUAUACCCAAUCUAAUUUCUAGGGAAACAUAAAAUGACAAAACAAUAACCUAAGAAUUGUGACUAAAAUUACGAUUUGUGACUGAAACUAUACGGUUUGUAUUCGCGGAAAUUCUGUGCCUGCAGAACUCUAUCAGCGGAUGCCGGUUGAGUAAAUAUUUGAUAUGGCGGCCACGUUGAACUUUUUAUCGAACGAAAUAUGCGAGCAAUGAACAUCCAGGCUUAUUGAUUAGUAUAAUGAGGAGCAAAAAUUCCUACGUAAACAUGGAGGCUCCUGGAGAGAGGGUCUCGCUGGCGAGGAGACUUUGUACAGCGCUGUUUUACGGACUGUGUUCAUUUCUGAUUGUGGUCGUCAACAAGAGAGUCCUAACGUCGUACAAGUUCCCAUCUUUUCAGUUUAUUGGCAUUGGGCAGAUGACAGCCACAGUGGUAGUAUUGUAUUGUGCCAAAACCUUUGGAUUUAUAAAAUUUCCAGACUUCCAUAGAGGGAUUUUUAUAAAGGUGUGGCCUCUGCCUCUCAUAUAUGUUCUUAAUCUUGUAUUUGGUCUUGGAGGAACUAAGAGGUUAAAUUUGCCAAUGUUUACAGUUUUAAGAAGAUUCUCUAUACUGUUUACAAUGAUAGGAGAAUAUAUUAUUUUGAGACACAGAGCUUCAGUCAAAGUUCAGCUGACAGUUUUUAUGAUGAUUGCUGGAGCAUUAAUAGCAGCGAGUGAUGACCUGGCAUUUGAUACAUUGGGAUACUUUUAUAUUCUUCUAAAUGAUGUAUUUACUGCUGCCAAUGGUGUUUAUGUAAAACAGAAGCUAAAUGCUAAAGAUCUCAACAAGUAUGGUUUAAUGUUUUACAAUGCUGUUUUUAUGCUGGGGCCUGCAGUAUUGCUAGCAUAUUACACAAAUGACCUUCAUAAGGUUUCUUUGUAUGAACACUGGACAGACAUAGCAUUUGUUCUACAGUUUACCAUGUCCUGUUUAAUGGGAUUUAUCCUGAUGUACUCCAUAUUCCUAUGUACCCAGGCAAAUUCUGCCCUUACAACGACAAUUGUAGGAUGUUUGAAGAAUAUUCUAGUAACCUACCUUGGAAUGUUUAUUGGUGGAGAUUAUGUCUUCAGCAUUACAAACUUUAUUGGACUCAAUAUCAGCGUCUCCGGUAGCAUAAUCUAUUCGUACAUCACGUUCCGGGAGAAGCAACCACCACCCCCACCCCCCACGGAUACAGGUGAAGCAAAACGUGCAAGACUUGAUGUAUGAGCUGCCUCACCUUUGCCAGGCCGCCCUGUGAAUGGCAUCUCAGAUGUGAAAACCAGUCCAAACCCCAAUACAAACCAAGCCAAACGCCGGCCAAAACUCCCACUCUGACUAGCCAAGUGUCGCAAGACAGCCGACAAACGAGGGUUGUAGAUGCUGUUGAACCAUACCAAUCCAGUGCCCAUUUCAUUUGUUUUACACAGAAAUGGUGUUAUUUAUUUGAGAAGAUUUUUCAAAACAUGAUAUAUUUAUCAUUUUUAUUGUCAGAUGUAUAGCUAAUAUGUGAGAUUUUUUAGUAGA